AGCUACCUAAUAACCAAACACCACGCAAAUAUAUAAUAAAAUAUCAAAAAAACAAUAUACAUAGUUCCACUUAAGUUACACACACGCCAUUUCGCACGCGAGGUUUCCUUCAUUUCAAACGCCCAUAGCUCACAUGUUAAUCUUAUAUCGCAGCAGAGCUUUCUCUUUCCAUCUCCAAAAAAGAAAUGCAAAUAAACAAUAACACACACGCAGCAUACAUAAAUAAUCCUAAUACCCGAAACCCAUUUCCUACCAAAAGCCCUAAAGAUAACAAAAAGAAACGCUGCAUGCCAAAAUAUGAGCUUUGCGAAUGUUUCUUCUUCCCUCGCCCAUAUAAAAAGAAAAAGGACAACAACAAAGAACAAACUCCGGUGUAAUGCGAUGUCAUAAGCAGAUCAUAGCAGUCAACCCGGGAUAACG